AUGACCAUACUACCCUCACAUGUCAAAUAUGUUCUUCUCAUUCUUCUCUCUUUCUACACAACCCUUUCUCACCAAGCCACAUCUGCCCCAAAUCCUAGGCUCCAAAAAGCCUAUUUUGCCCUCCAAGCAUGGAAACAUUCGAUAAACUCCGACCCUCAAGGCUUCACAUCAAAUUGGUAUGGCUAUAAUGUGUGUAACUAUACCGGGGUCUUCUGUGCGCCUUCUUUAGACGACCCACAUGUGACCACGGUCGCUGGUAUCGACCUCAACCAUGCAAAUAUCUCUGGGUCUCUCCCUGAAGACCUAGGUUUGCUGACAGAUCUCGCAUUGUUCCACAUCAAUUCUAACAAGUUUUGUGGAACAGUGCCAAAAUCUUUUAACAAACUAGGUCUUCUUUACGAGCUUGACAUCAGUAACAAUCGCUUUUCGGGUAAUUUCCCAUCAGUGGUGCUUUCUCUUUCUUCUCUCAAAUUUCUUGACAUUCGGUUUAACCAGUUUAAAGGCGACGUUCCUUCCAAAUUGUAUGACCUUAAACUCGACGCCAUUUUCAUCAAUAACAACUUAUUUGACACGAGUUUUCCUAAAAACCUUGGGAAUUCUCCUGUUUCGGUGGUGGUUUUUGCUAAUAACAACAUCAAAGGGAGUUUGCCGUCGAGUAUAAAGAAUAUGGGGGGAACUUUGGACGAGAUUAUUCUGAUGAACGUGGGUUUAAGUGGGUGUUUAACUCCGGAUAUUGGGUCGUUGAAGAAGUUGACGGUUUUUGAUGUGAGUUAUAAUUCACUGGUGGGGAUGUUGCCGGAAAGUAUAGGAGAAAUGAAGAGUCUGGAGCAGUUAAAUGUGGCUCACAACAAGUUCUCCGGCGAGAUUCCGUCUAGUAUUUGCUCGUUGCCAAGACUGGAGAAUUUCACGUACUCAGAUAACUAUUUUUGCGGCGCGCCCAAGAGUUGUCUCAAGCUGGCCGACAGGGAUGAUCGACAAAAUUGUAUCCCGGAGAGGCCCGCACAGCGGCAGGUGGCCGAGUGUAAGGCAUUUUAUUCUCGUCCGGUGAAUUGUCUUGAUUGUUCACCACCACCUCCUCCACCACCGCCUACUAAACACUGGCUGCCACCAUCGAAAUAUUGA